AUGGCUUCUGGAAAUAAGUUGGAAGAAUUAUCAACUGAACUUAUCAUCACGGUGUCUGAUAAUACUCAGACGGGGAGUUUGUCGCAGCAGCAGCAACUUCCGAUCAUAUUGGAUAAUAAUAACCGUCCCCUCUCCCGGGAAAUUGCUGAGAGGAGGUUAAAAACACAUGGCGAGAAUGUCAUCUCCGGACAACGACCUACACGAUGGUACACUAUCCUUUAUCGUACAAUUUUUCAUCCCUUCAACUUCCUUUUGGGAGGUAUCUCCAUUUUUGCUGCUGUCACGAAGGAUAUCAGUACGGUAACAGUAUUGUUAAGCAUGAUUUUGUUGAGCGUUGGAAUUCGCUUCAUUCAAGAAUACAAGGGCGAGGUCGCGGCACAAGCACUUAAAAACAUGGUCAAUAGCAGUUCAACCGUUAUCCGUCUCUAUUCACCACCUGACAUUCGUGAUCCGAAUUUUGAAGACGUGGAGAAGAUGGAUCGGGGUGAAAUGGUUGAAAUGGAUAUCCCAUUAAAAGACAUUGUACCAGGCGAUUGGGUUAGGAUCAGCGCAGGUGAUCUAAUUCCAGGCGAUGUACAAUUAGUCUCCUCCAAGGAUCUUUUUGUUUCUCAGGCAUCAUUAACUGGCGAAUCCAUCCCCGUUGAAAAAUUCACAGUUUUGCAACCGCAGAAUCUUAUUAUGUCUGAUGAGGCAACAAAAACUGGCAAAUCGGCCAAAUUCGAGCUCGAUCGGCCAGAUUUAUGUUUCAUGGGAACGUCCGUUGUCAGUGGUACUGCAACGGCUAUUGUCCUCAACACAGGCCCUAAUACUUACUUUGGUAAAAUGGCCGAAAAGCUCUCUAACCAACGACCAACAAAUGCGUUUCAAAUUGGUAUUCGCCGUAUCAGUUACUUGUUUUUGGUCAUAAUGUUCUCAAUAAUACCUCCGGUGUUACUCCUUCAGGGUUUUUUAAAAAAAGAGUGGAAGGAUGGCUUGUUAUUUGCUGCUGCUGUUGCAGUUGGUCUCACUCCUGAAAUGCUGCCAAUGGUCGUAAGCGCAAAUACGGCACGUGGCGCCUUCGCUUUAUCAAAGAAAAAAUGCAUUGUAAAGAGACUUGAUUCUGUUAUCAGUCUUGGUGGAGUAGAUGUCUUAUGUACAGAUAAAACAGGAAAGUUGGAUAGUGUAUAUUCUCGCACCUUAACUUGUAACAAGGUUAUACUCAUGAAAUAUCUUGAUUAUCUGGGUGAGAUAUGUCAACUUCCUUUAUAUCUAGGAUAUCUCAACAGUUACUUUCAAACUGGUCUUAAAAAUCUCUUGGAUGAGGCUGUUAUUGAGUUCUUUAAGAAUGAAAAUGAGACCGACAUUGCCCCAAAUUUUUUCCAAGUGGACGAAAUUCCGUUUGAUUUUAUCAGAAGACGAAUGUCUGUCAUCUUAGAAUCCAAGCAGGAUAUGCAGCGCUUUUUGAUAUCCAAAGGAGCUGUGGAUGAAAUGUUGACUUGUUGCACGAAUAUUUAUAUCAGAAAGGAUAAUGAUCCGUCAGAUGCAAUUUUCCCAACCACGGAUAUUGUUCCUAUUACGCCGGAAAUUCUCACGUCUAUAAAGAAUUUGAACGAAAGGCUUAACAAUGAAGGUUUACGAGUCAUAGCAGUUGCCUUUAAGUGUAUGAAGGAAUGUUCGGCAUUCAACGUCGCCGAUGAGAGUGAGUUAACUUUAGUUGGUGUUUGCGUGUUCUAUGAUCCACCAAAACCGAGUGCUAAGCCUGCCCUUCAGGAACUGCUUAAAUACAAUGUGGAGGUUAAAGUACUUACCGGUGACUCACCUGUGGUCUGCCGCAAAGUUUGUGAGGAGAUUAAUCUUCCAAUUAAAUCCAUUGUCACUAAUACUGAACUUGAAGGACUCGAUGAUUCACAGCUGGAAGAAAUUGCUGAAAAUGGCACAAUAUUUGCAAAGUUAACUCCUCUUCAAAAAGCAAACAUCGUAAGUGCAUUGAAAAGGCGCAAUCACAUUGUUGGUUUCUUAGGUGAUGGAAUCAAUGAUGCCCCGGCAAUUCGUGAAAGCGAUUGUGGUAUUAGUGUAGAUGAGGGAACAGAUAUUGCUAAAGAAUCUGCAGACAUCAUUUUGCUUGAAAAGAGCCUGAUGGUACUUGCUGAUGGUAUAGUCCACGGAAGAAUCACUUAUGGCAAUACAAUCAAAUAUAUCAAAAUGGUUAUUUCUUCAAAUUUUGGUAACGUGUUUAGCGUUUUGAUAGCCUCUGUAUGGCUUCCUUUCUUGCCGAUGGAUCCAAUUCAAAUCAUAUUGCAGAAUCUUUUGUAUGACUUUUCUCAGACUUCAAUCCCAUGGGAUAAGUUGGAUCCUGAAUAUUUACUUUCUCCGAAACGAUGGUCUGCAAAAAGCAUCGCUAGAUUCAUGGUUUUCGUUGGGCCAUUUAGUAGUAUUUUUGACAUUACUACGUUUCUUUUUAUGGUUUACUACUACCAAUGCAAUAAUCCAGAUGAUCAUUAUAAAGUCCAAUUAUUUCGUAAGUAG